AUGGGUCUGGGGGCUACUGUGCCCGAUACUGGGAGGUUCUGUAGAGUCCCCCCCAUGACCAUGUCCUCCAGCCCCAGACAGCCUGCAGACCCCCAGCCUAACCCCAGGGGGAAGACCCUGAAUGGCCAGACAGGAGGAUGGGAGGACCAGGGGCUGGGACACAAGAUGGAGGAGCUAAACAGACCCAUCCUAGGCACCAAGAAUACGUCCAGACCACAGAACAACGCGUGCACGGCGCGCCCACUGAAGAGGAGUCUGGAGGAGCGGGAGAACGGGCCCCCAGAGAGGAAGAUCAGAGCUGGACAGAGACAGGGAGGGCCACUCGGAGUGGAAGGUCAGGUCCCCAGCGCUGGAGGGGUGGUACCAGCCGACCCCCAGCCAGCCCCGGCCCACAGCCUCCACCUACACAUCAACUCCUUCGUGGAAGGACACAAGUUCCACUCCUCCCCCCUGUUCCCCAGGGGCCUCUACCCAGAGGCCUUCAUCUCUCAGAUCCAGGAUAUGUGUGAGGGCCUGGGCUCCCACAGGCCCCUGGGGUACCAUCCCCUACAGUACCUGAAGAACCAGGCCGGCCUCUCUCCUCUGGUCCCGCCCUUCGCUUUCCACUCCUUCAUGAUGCAAAGACAGGCUCACAGCCCCGCCCACAUGUACCGGCACCCUAUGCGUGCCUCGUAUGGGGAACUGUUGCAUCAUGGUCUACACCCCAUGUCUUCCAUGUCUGCCCUCAGCACACAGCUACACCCAGACAUCAGCCCCUCACAGCUCUCCUCUGUCCACCCCAACACCAAACUAUCCUAACCCUAACCCUCCCUUCAGAGCCUCACAGCUCUCCUCUGUCCACCCCAACACCAAACUAUCAUAACCCUAACCCUCCCUUCAGAGCCUCACAGCUCUCCUCUGUCCACCCCAACACCAAACUAUCCUAACUCAACCAUUCCCUACAGACAAGUCGGAAGUUUACAUACACCUUAGCCAAAUACAUUUAAACUCAGUUUUUCACAAUUCCUGACGUUUAAUCCUAGUAAAAAUUCCCUGUCUUAGGUCAGUUAGAAUCACCCCUUUCUUUUAAGAAUAUGAAAUGUCAGAAUAAUAGUAGAGAGAAUUAUUUAUUUAACCUUUUAUUUAUUUCAUCACAUCCAGUGGGUCAGAAGUUACCUACACUCAAUUAGAAUUUGGUAGCAUUGACUUUAAGUUGUUUAAACUUGGGUCAAACGUUUCAGGUAGCCUUCCACAUGCUUCCCACAAUAAUUUGGGUGAAUUUUGGCCCAUUCCUCCUAACAGAGCUGGUGUAACUGAGUCAAGUUUUAGGUCUCGUUGCUCGCACCCACUUUUUCAGUUCUGCCCACAACAUUUCUAUUCAGGGCUUUAUGAUGGCCGCUCCAAUAUGUUGACUUUGUUGUCCUUAAGCCAUUUUGCCAAAACUUUGGAAGUAUGUUUGGGAUCAUUAUUCAUUUGGAACACCCAUUUGCGACCAAGCUUUAACUUCCUGACUGAUGUCUUAAGAUGUUGCUUCAAUAUAUCCACAUCAUUUUCCAUCCUCAUGAUUUCAUCUAUUUUGUGAAGUGCACCAGUCCCUCCUGCAGCAAAGAACCCCCACAACGUGAUGCUGCUUCACGGUUGGGAUGGUGUUCUUUGGCUUGCAAAUCUCCCCCUUUUUCCUCCAAACACAACGAUGGUCAUUAUGGCCCAAACAGUUAUAUUUUUGUUUCAUCAGACCAGAAGACAUUUCUCCAAAAAGUACGAUCUUUGUCCCCAUGUGCAGUUGCAAACCGUAGUCUGGAUUUUUUAUGGCGGUUUUGGAGCAGUGGCUUCUUCCUUAUAUCGAUAUAGAACUUGUUUUAUUGUGGAUAUAGAUACUAUUGCACCUGUUUCCUCCAGCAUCUUCACAAGGGCCUUUGCUGUUGUUCUGGGAUUGAUUUGCACUUUUCGCACCAAAGUACGUUCAUCUCUAUCCAGGAGACAGAACGCGUCAUCUUCCUGAGAGGUAUGACGGCUGCGUGGUCCCAUGGUGUUUAUUCUUGUGUACUAUUGUUUGUACAGAUGAACGUGGUACCGUCAGGCGUUUGGAAAUUGCUUCCAAUGAUGAACCAGACUUGUGGAGGUCUACAAUUAUUUUUCUGAGGUCUUGGCUGAUUUCUCUUGAUCUUCCCAUGAUGUCAAGCGAAGAGGCACUGAGUUUGAAGGUAGUCGCCCUUGAAACACAUCCACAGAUACACCUUCAAAUGACAUCAAUUAGCCUAUCAGAAGCUUCUAAAGCCAUGACAUCAUUUUCUGGAAUUUUCCAAGCUGUUUAAAGGCACAGUCAUCUUAGUGUAUUUAAACUUCUGACCCACUGGAAUUGUGAUACAGUGAAUUAUAAGUGAAAUAAUCUGUCUGUUAACAAUUGUAUGUAAACUUCCUACAAACUAUCCUAACUCAACCAUUCCCUACAGACACAGGUAUCCCAGCUGAUGCAAUUCGAUAACAGAUACCUAGAUAUGGUUUACUCCCUAGUGUUUCUUAGACCUGGGAACCAUCUCAAUACUUUUACCAAGUUUACCAUUUGCACAUAUUUCUGAAAAUGGGUCAACUGGAUUAACUGGAUUAACUGGGCCAACUGGGUUAACUGGGCCAACUGGGCCAACUGGGCCAACUGGGUUAACUGGGCCAACUGGGAUAACUGGGCCAACUGGGUUAACUGGGCCAACUGGGAUAACUGGGUUAACUGGGCCAAAUGGGUUAACUGGGCCAACUGGGUUAACUGGGCCAACUGGGAUAACUGGGUUAACUGGGCCAACUGGGUUAACUGGGAUAACUGGGAUAACUGGGCCAACUGGGUUAACUGGGCCAACUGGGUUAACUGGGCCAACUGGGUUAACUGGGCCAACUGGGUUACCUGGGAUAACUGGGCCAACUAGGUUAACUGUGUCUUGACCAAUGCAGUGUGGAAUGUGUUAAAAAGAUGAUAGAGGUGCUUGUACAGAAACAAAAAGGAUUAUUAGCUGCAACACUUUGUGUUAUAUUCACUGGCUACUGUAACUGUUGACUGGGUGUUGGAGAGGAGGA